CCACGUUCCACCUGCGUUGGUUUACGAAGCAUACUCCAUUUUGAGACUUGGUGUGAAGCAUAGUCGAUCAAUAUGCCUUCGUGGUCGUGGCCUGAGAUUAAGCAGCGGCUUCAAUGCCCUGUCGACGAAGAUGCAGACUAUGAGAAUACGACAUGGUGCAAUCGGGAUCUGAUUCCCAUUCCGCCGGAGAGGAGAACAUAUGGUGUAUGGUCAUAUUUUGGUUACUGGACUGUAUCAGGAUCAUGUAUCUCCGCAUGGUCGACCGGGAGUACCUUGCUUUCUUUCGGACUCAGUCCGCAGCAGGCAAUUGGCGCUGUGGUCCUCGGCGGGUUCCUAUCCGGUCUGCUUGCAGUCUUUUGUGGAUGGAUGGGUGAGGUACAUCAUAUUGGCUUCACCGUAUCGAGUCGCUUCUCGUGGGGAAUGAGAGGGUCAUACUUCCCCGUCAUCCUUCGCACAUUUGUCUCGUGCAUGUGGUUUGGUAUGCAAGCCUUCUGGGGCGGCCAAGCGACACGCGUCAUGAUCGGCGCCAUCAUUCCAGGCUUUGCACACAUGAAAAACUACUUCGCAGAAAGCUCUCACUUGCAGACGAACGAUUUCAUCGGCCUCGUCAUCUGGAUGUGCGGCUUUAUCCCAGCCGUCCUUAUCCGACCAGAGAAGCUCCAGAUUCCCUUUUUCGGCUGCUUCGUUCUCUUUUGCGGUUCUUGCUUUGGAAUGCUGAUUUGGGCCGUGUCCCAAGCCGACGGCCCAGGAAACCUCUUCCACCAGCCCGGUUCCGCGCCGAACACAGGGUGGGCGUUCAUGUUCGGUAUCACCGCCAUCCUCGGCUCUUGGGGAUCUGGCACACUAGGGCAAUCCGAUUGGGCCCGUUACUCGAAACGUCGAUACGCACCAACACUGUCGCAGCUCGUUGCCUGCCCUCUGACUAUUGCGAUCACAGCAACUAUCGGAAUCAUUGUCACAAGUGCCUCGAAUAAGAUUAUGGGCGGCGACAUCCAGUGGAACCCGAUUUACCUCCUUGCAGAUAUCCAGGAGUAUUAUCAUUCGUCUCCGAGGGUUAGGGCCGGUGUGUUCUUUGCGAGCCUGGGACUGGUCGCGUCUCAAUUCUCGAUCAGUGUCGUGCUUAAUAGUGUCAGCUGCGGUAUGGAUCUAGCGGGUCUCUGGCCAAAGUACAUAAACAUCCGACGUGGAGGAUAUGUCAUGGCUGUUAUCGGAAUCGCGACUCAACCCUGGCAACUCAUCUCAACUGCUGACAAAUUCCUCUCCGUCCUGAGUGGCUUUGGCGUCUUCAUGGCACCCGCAACCGGCCUCAUGCUAGCAGACUACCACAUUAUCCGCCGGCAUAGACUCAAACUCAGCGACCUCUACCGCGGCGACAGCAACUCGCUGUACUGGUUCCGCAGUGGGGUCAACUGGCGCGCGUUCGCGGCGUUCACGGCCGGGAUGUGGCCUCUUCUUCCCGGUCUCGCUGGCAAUGUAAACGGGUGGGAUGACGGGCAGUGGGUCGGGUGGGUGAGGUUGUAUAAUCUGACGUUCCUUGUCGGGUUGGCGAUCAGCUUUCUCGUGAUGUGGGUGUUGAAUUAUUUCUUCCCUGUUGAUGGCGUUGGAGUCGAGGGACCCUUCAUCGAGGGGGUGAUUGAUGGAGUCUCGAAUAAGUCCGACGAAGAAGCGGCGGAGGCGGGAGAGGUCGGGAAUGAGAAGAAGCGCGAGGUUGUGUCUGUUGCCUAGAUUAGCUGUAGUGCUCGCUGUUCACAAUGCUGUUGGUCUCGAGAAUUGUGGCUCAUCGUGCAAUAAUUCAGG